CACAAAGUGAGGAGCACCGUAUCAAGAUGAGGAACGUAAUUUUGCUGUGUUUGAUUGUCAUCAUCUGCUCUGCAGGUACGGGAUCGAAAAUUGUUAGUGGUAUAUUAUAUAAAGUAGAAAUGGUAUAGUGGUGACUCGUAUUAUUAAGGCGUUAAUUCCUAAUAUUUCCUAUCUAGUGAUAAUACUGAACAUGUUAUAUGUUUAAUUUUAAUCCAAGGGCAAGGAACCUUUUUUAAUUGACUGGCAUUGCGGUCAAUUUGUACUAACUUUAUUUUUUAGAUCAUAUGUCGUUAGCCUUAUUUCAACGGUUUUCUACUCAGUGCGGAUUUGACUGUCAAUUUUAAUGAACACUCACAACUUAUUAAAGCGUUAUAGAUAUGAAAUGCGAGACUAAAAUGACCAUGUUUUGUGACUUGUACGUCCUUAAAUGAUCCCAGUUUGUGAUUUGUUGUUUAAUUUGAAAAUCUAGUUUUUAGUUUUACUCGGCUAUAAUCAACAAAUCACAAAAAAUUUUGCUGUAGGUUCGCGGCGACCUCUGGACUGAUUGAUUGAUUGAUUGGAUGCUGAUACGUACCUUGGUUCUAUUUUUUAAUAAUAAAACAGUUUAAAGCAAACAGUUUGAAUAAUAUUUUUACGAAAUUUAGUUCCUGUUUUACUAAGUUAUAUUUGUGUUAAACAAAUCAGAAAUAUAGAAACUCGAAACGCCAGACUGGCAAGUUUGAAACAUCAUGAAACGCCAAAAAUGUAGUGAAGAUUUGGGUGGGCCCUGCUUGUAUACCAUGCCAAUUAUCUUCAACAAGUUAUGAUUCACAACCACAAUAAUAUUGCAUGGGCGCGGUUCAGUGAAUCGUAGUCAACUAGUUUGGGAUCCUGUCUGCGAUCCUGUUUUGUUUUCGAUAAAAACCGAAAGAUAAGGGCGAAGAGAAAGGGCUGAAAACGCAUGGCAGUCGUUCAUUAUGUCGAUAGGCCUAAAAAUAGAACCUGAGUUGCCCCAAUGAUUCACUAAAUAAUUAAAAUAGUUUUCGCUUGUUAGUAUUGAUUAAUCAAUGAAUGAUUCCAGCUAUACACUUAUAAUUUUGAUCCAGGCAAGAAAAACGAAAUCCAUUUUCGAAAAUUUCGCUGGGGUAUAUCUUCCUCAUCUUACAACAUUUCGCAACCAAACUUUGCAAUUUUACUAAUUUUAAGAUGCUCUAUCUAGCUGUGGUGAUGGAUUUGAUGGAUUCUUGCCUGUAUCAAAAUUUAGUCUAUAGCUGGAAUCAUCCAUUCUCUUGUUGAGCAACAAUACAUCAGUGAAAUUCUCAGUUCAAUAUUCUUGAUGUUUGCUAUGGCAACACACAUGUUUCAAUACUGGUGCCAAUAUAUUUCAUAACCAAAGAAAGUUAACAUUUCAAAUUUUAUGGCUUGCAAAAGAUAUAAUAUUUGCUAUAGCAUAUCAUUACACAAUAUAUAAUAUUUGUAUAGGCAUAGCAUCACACAAUUACAGUACACGCGCACAUGCCUAUAGUAUCCAAAUAAUACUAUAUAAUAUCUUAAAUAUGAUGAACGGGAUAAAUGUAUCUGCCUCAUGGCUAAGCACAAUUAUGAAAAAUUAAAAACUCAAUUUCUUCUUUUUUAUAUUUUCUGUAGUAAACGCCAAACGUCAAAGAAUGAAAAGAGCAGUUUGCGGCAAUGAAAUUUGGGAUCCACUAUACGACAUCUGCUGUGAGGGUCAUGCGCACGAGCAACUUUAUGGGCCUUACUCUGGGUGUUGUGGUCAGAAAAUCUUCAACGCCGAAACUCAAGUUUGCUGCUCCGGAAUCAUAUUUCCCAUACAGAGUACUGGUCUAACCCAAUGUUGUGGUCGAAGACCGUAUAAUGCCGAGACAAAUAUAUGCUGCGGUUCGCGAUAUGUUCAGCCAAGAUCAGGUUUAUCAACUCAGUGUUGUGGAAAAAUCACCUUCAAUGCUGAUACUUCUGUCUGUUGUGCUGACAAAGUGGUAGAUCAAGUAGCAGGCACCUCAACUCUAUGCUGUGGCGAAAAAGCCUACGACUCAAAAGCUUUCCUUUGCUGCCAAGGAAAAAUUGUUGAUAUCCCAGUCAAUAGCAGUAACCAGUGUUGUGGAGAAACAUCAUAUGACCCCACAACCUCGGUUUGCUGUAACGGACAGCCGGCGCCAAACCUCGUAGGUAACUUAACAAUGUGUUGCGGAAAGGAAAGCUACAAUCCCGCCAGUUCUAUCUGUUGUGCAGACAAAAUAGUUCAGAAACUAAGUAAUGUUAGUCAGUGUUGUGGAGAUAUGUCUUAUAACCCCACAACCUCCAUGUGUUGCGCUGGACAACCCGUGGUAAGAAUGGCGGGUAUCCUAACUGAAUGUUGCGGUAAGGAAAGCUACAACCCUCAAGAUUCACUUUGUUGUAACCAGAUGGUUGUUCCGAGAAGAUACGGUAAUACCACUCAGUGUUGCGGGAACCGUUACUACAACCCUACAACCCAUGUUUGUUGCGAUGGUGAUGAGAUUAGCCGAAGGCAUGUUGGUAACACCAUACAGUGUUGCGGAAAGAAAAGCUUCAACAACGAAAGAUACAUUUGCUGUGAUGGAAGCCUGCUGUCAAGACGAUACAAGCAAUAUACUAUGUGUUGUGGCAAGAGACGAUACAAUGGCAAGCCAAGAGGACGUACGGGUUACAAACCAGUUUGUUGUGCCAAUAGAGUGUAUUAUUCCAGCAAAAUUUUUUGUUGCAACGGAAAAGCACAGAGGAAGGGAACAGCAUGUCUUUAAAUUUAUUUAGCAAACACUUAUUUGUUUAAUUAACGUUUACAUUAUAUACUGGCCUUCCGCAUACUAAUCAUGAAUAUUAAUACUGAACAAUUACGUGGUUCAUACCUUUAUAUUGGACAUUUAUCUAUAACUAGCUAUAUGUAUUCUUUAUGUGCUAAACACUACAAUUGCGUAGAAUUCAAAC